GCGCUCAGCACUCCAGAAGGUUCCUGGCAUACCGACUACCGCGACACUGCCUACAUCUACUUUGGCGGUCUACCCUACGAGCUAUCCGAAGGCGAUGUCGUAACAAUCUUCUCCCAGUUUGGGGAGCCUGUCUUUCUCAAACUCGUCCGCGACAAAGAAACGGGCAAGUCCAAGGGCUUUGGAUGGCUCAAAUAUGAGGAUCAACGGAGCACCGAUUUGGCAGUCGACAACCUAGGCGGAGCAGAAAUUGGUGGUCGCCUCGUCCGUGUGGACCAUGCGCGGUACAAGGCUCGGGACGAUGAAGACCCAGAAGAGUUCAAGGUCGGCUGGGAGGACAUCAUGAAGCGAGAGGGACAGGCCUUGUCAGAAGACGAGAGCAGUGAGGAGGAGCAGAGACGACCUAUGCUGCCCGAGGAGAGAGAACUAGCGCUGCUCAUGCAGGAACAUGACGAUGACGAUCCUAUGAAGGGAUUCCUGAUCGAGGAAAAGAAGAAGGAAGUUGAAGAGGCCCGGCGCAACGCCGACAAGAAGGACCGGAAACACAAACACAGACAUCAUCGAUCGCACCGAUCUAGGAGGGACGAUAGCAGGGAAGACAGACACCGCAAAUCGCGCCGGGAUGAGACUCCUGUAGAAGGAGACGAACGGCGCCACGAGAAAGAGUCGCGAAGACACAGAGAUCGAGACGACGAUCGUGACCGGCGAAGGGAUAGGGACAGGAGAAGGGACAGAGAGGAUGAAGACGGCGAACGGGAUCGGGAUCGCAGGAGGGACCGAGACCGAGAUCGAGACCGUGAGCACAGGAGACGUGACCGAGACGAGGAUGACGAGUCACGGCAUAGGCGACAUAGGGACGAGGAUGACAAGGACAGGAAACCAAGGAGACGCAGUAGAAGUCGGUCGCCACGACGGCGCGAUGAUUAG